GCAGGAGCCGUUAAAUAUUUUAAGAAUUAAACAUAAAUUUACUUCAUAGUCCGUGCCUCACAGUCACAGGUCUUUUUAUUUUACUGUGCAAAAUCUACUAAUUCACUAAUUGAUGGAAAUGAUAAACGUUUUAGUACUGAAUGAUAAGUGUUUAGUAAUAUAAAGUUUGCAAUAGCUUUUUGAAAACAUUUAAAAAAGAUGCCGAGUAUAAUUAGUAAUAACGAAGUAAUUAGAAAACCUGAAAAUUGUAAAAUGCAGCUGGAGUCUUUAGAACUGGCCGGGUGCACACUCGAUCGGUACAUUACUUGUGAUAAUUCCCGCCCUUCUUUUCUCGAGAUAACUGGUAUAGCAGUACAAGGGACUCCAACAUGUAGUGGCCUAAAUGCUGGUGACUACAGAAAUCUAGCAGCUUUAUUAAAUCAUUCCACUUUAUCCCAAUUAAAGAUUUUAAACAAAGUGCCACUGCCACCAGAAAUAAUGGAACACUUUGCUCACAUGCAGUGCCAUUGUUUGAUGGGUGUAUUUCCAGAAAUAAGCAGAGUUUGGUUAGCUAUAGACAGUAAUAUUUACGUUUGGGCCUUUGAACAUGGCAGUGAUGUAGCAUAUUUUGAUGGUUUGGGGGAAACAAUAGUAAGUGUGGGCCUAGUCAAACCAAAGCCAGGCGUAUUUCAAAGUUUUGUAAAAUACCUCUUGGUUCUUACUACAACAGUGGAAAUAGUAGUUUUAGGUGUAACAUUUUCAAGUAAUAAACAAGAUGGAUCUUCUGAGUUUGAAGAAAUACAUUUAGUUCCUGAACCAGUGUUUGUGUUGCCAACUGAUGGAAUUUCAAUGUUAUGUGUUAAAUCAACAUGCAGAGGAAGAAUUUUUAUGGGUGGCAAGGAUGGAUGUCUUUAUGAAAUAACUUACCAGGCACAAUUAGGUUGGUUUGGAAAACAUUGUAAAAAAAUUAACCAUUCUACUAGUGCCCUUUCAUUCCUAGUGCCUUCAUUUCUUAAUGCUGCAUUGUAUGAUGAAGAUCCUAUUGUUAAAAUUGAAGUUGAUAAUUCUCGGCAUAUUUUAUAUACACUUAGUGAGAAGGGUUGUAUAGAAGUUUUUGAUCUUGGUGAAGACGGUGAAGGUAUUAGCAAGAUAACAAGAUUAACACAAAAUCGAAUUGUUGCGUCAGCCUUGGAUAUAGUAAAAACAGUAGAAACCAAUAACUUCAAGCCAGUGAUUGCAAUAUCUGCUGUUGAGGAAUGUGAAUCGGAACAUUUAAAUCUUGUUGCCAUCACACAAUCUGGAGCUAGAUUAUAUUUUAGCACUGGUUGUAGAGAUGUCAAUCAAGGAGGUCCAGCGAGGCCACAGGACCUUAUUUUAUUACAUGUGAGGUUUCCACCUGGCUUCACACCAAAUGCAUCCGUUCUAAAACCAAAACAAGUCCACAAUGCUGUAUACGAUAAUGGUACUCUGGUAAUGAUUUGCUCCACUGGUGGUGGUGAAGCUGAGACACUCUGGUGUAUGUCUCGAGCCCUGGGGGGAGCAACUUUCAGUGAAGCCCAUUCUCUCCUACCCCUGGAUGGACCAGUGUGGGCCCUUACCGCCUUACCCAUGGUACAAGCGGCUCAUCUCUCACCUGCCCUACUUGCUAAGAAAGACCCAUGGUCGGGCUCCCGUUGGGCGGUGGUGAGUGCGUGGGGCGCCGCCCUCAUAAACGCCGGCGCUCCACCGGAUCUUCUCCGGGCCUUGCUAAGGGAUUAUCGUGGACCCGAUGCUCAACCUGUUAAAGAUUUGUUUCAGUUACAAGGCUACGAUCAGGCCUGCGCGUGCGCAUUGUAUCUCGCGUGCGAAGAAGCCACAAGUGGCGACCUCACCAUAGGCGAGUGGGCGUCGCGGGCGUUCUUCAUCUACGGAACCCAAGCUGCGCCUGCGCCGCUUCAAUCGCAUCAGAUCUCACAGGCACCAAGCAUAGGUUCACCAAAAUUCUCACCUCGCCAAAUGUCAACACCAAUGUCUAGACCGCAAGAAAUGAGGCCUCAGGCUCAAUCCUUCCAACAAAUGAAUCAAUCGAUGGGGAAUCAAUCUAUGUCUCCCUACCAGAACGUCAAUCAGACACCCUUCAACCAAUCGUCAUUUGUGGGGAACAUGAGUCAGCCAAGAGAUUUCCAAAUAGAAUACAGCGCUAAGCACAACGGCCUAUAUAUUUAUGUUGGAAGAAUUUUGUGUCCCAUAUGGAAUUUGAAGUGUGUCACCAAGUCACUCACGCCCGAUAAGAAGGAAUUUAUGUCAAGUAAAGUGACGGGUGAGGAUUGUGCGUUCAUAGUGAAGAAGUUGCAGCGAGUGUCCUCAUUCAUGCAAAGGGUGGUGGCGCCACCGCAUUCUGACGAACAUGCUUCUAUUCACGCGCUCAAGAUAUUUAUAACGAUGGCCAUAGAGAUGUUGAGUUUAUGGAAGGUACUGUGUGAACAUCAGUUCCACGUGGUUGCAGCCAGCUUACCACCUGAGCAGCAGCAAGCCUUGCAGGCUGCCUGUUUUCGGGAGUUGUUAGUUGGUGGUCAGGAAGUAGCGUGCCUUCUUCUGGGUUCGCUCGUCGCGGGCUACCUUCGAGACAACGCCUCGGUGGAUGGCAUUUCACAGAAAUUACGACAACUCUGUCCCAGUUUGUAUAGACAAGAGGACGCCACUUGUUCGAAGGCAAAUGAAUUAUUGAUAUUUGCAAAACAACAGAAGAAUUCGGCAGAACGUGAAGAAAUGCUCCAACAGGCUCUAAAACUCUGUAAAGAUGUCGCUCCCAACGUAAAUCUGCCCCUGGUUUGUUCAAAACUGCUAUCGGCUGGGUUUUAUGUUGGAAUCGUUGAACUGUGUGUGACGUGCGCUUCGAAGAUCGAUCCCCAGGACAGAGCGAUAUAUUACUACAAGAGCGAUCAGCCCUCGCAAGACCGGGAAGGACAUUUGUUGUACUACAAACGCAUGGAGAUAUACCGUGAAGUUUGUACUGCGCUCGAGAGACUAUACGAACGCAGCUCUGAGGGCAACUCGGAAUCCUCUCCUCAACGCGCGCAUGCGCAGACUACGGACGCAUUACUUACUAUGUCGCCCGCUGACGCCAAUUAUCAGGGAAGGAAAUUAGUAUCAGAGUGCUUGUCAAGAGAAGAUGAACUACUGCACGUGGCUAUCUAUGAAUGGUUGAUAUCCAAGAAUCUAGGGGCAGAAUUGGUAACGCUAAGUGGAGUUGCGCCGGCGUCUCUUCGUACGUACUUAACGGCCGCGGCGCGACAGGCUUCAGGGCGGACGGCACUUCUACUUCUAGACUUGUUGUGGAAGGUUCUAGAAAAGGCCGGAGACCAUCUAGCAGCUGCCGAGGUCCUCGAGGGACUCGCUACCAGACCAGGAACUGGUGCAAAUCUAGCCCAACGUAUGUCGUGGUUGUCCGCUGGCGUGGUCUGCGUCCGUGGUGCCGGAGGUGUGGGAGGGGAGUUGGUCCGUCGGCUGGAAGAGGCCAGCGAGGUGGGCAGGGUGCAGGUGGCCGUUAGGGCUGCAGCCAAGUCACCUCCAGUGCCACCUGCGCUGCUGCAUCGCCUGGAUGAUGAGCUACUGGAUAUUACACAGCUGUACGAAGAAUACGCGGACCGAUACAACCUAUGGGAGUGUAAACUGGCCAUAGUCCAAUGUUCUGGUCAUAAUGAUGCACUGUUGGUGGAGAAUAUAUGGAGCAAUAUUCUCGCUGAAGCAGAGAACGCCGCCAGGGGCUUACUCUCGCCGGACGAGAAACUCUCUUCUGUGCUUAGCAAAUUAACCACAUUGGGACGGGAAUACGUCAAUUCGGGACAUUGCUUUCCCUUAUAUUUCAUUGUCCGUCAGUUGGAAAUACUGAGUUGCAAAAUACAAGCUGAAAAAAGUAUGGUUUUCAAAACUAUUCUGAACAUUGGGGUUUCUUUAGAGCAAGUUUUGGAUAUUUAUGUCAAAUUGGUGAGCGUAAACGAACGGGUGUGGCUGGGCUGCGGUGACGAAUCGCACGUGUGCGGCGUUGCCGUACUUCUCCUGCAGCAGGCGAGGGGCGAGGUUGCCAAUCUGCCUGCCGCGCCUCGGCGAAGAGCCCUCGCUCGUUGCAAGGACCUACACGAAGCCGCACUAUCCGCUUUACAGAGUCGACCCAACACCCAAGUAUUGAUCGAUAAAAUUACUGUGGCACAAGCGCAUUUGGACAGAAUGGAUUAAACAAA